AUGGUGUGUGGGCGGCACGUGUGCUGCACGGCGCUGCUGCUGGCCGCUGCCGCCUGGUGCGCCGCGGGGCCCGGCCCGCCCGCGUUGCACUUCACCCGGGACCUCUAUAACGUCACCAUCCCCGAAAACUCGCCGCCGCGUACCUACGCCGACUCGCCGCCCGCCACUGAACCGCUUGGCGUGCACCUGCCUGUACAAGACGCACGAAUCCGCUUUCGCAUUCGCCAUGGCGACCGCGACAAAUUCUUCAAAGCCGAGGACCACACCGUUGGAGAUUUCUGCUUUCUAUUUAUUCGCACGCGCGCAGGCCACUCCGAUGUCCUUAACCGCGAACGUCGCGACUCCUACCGCUUAGACGUGCGUGCUACUGCACAGAUGCCCGACGGUACACAGCUCGAGGCCGAUACGGUUGUUGUAGUUGAAGUUACGGAUGAAAAUGACCUUAGUCCGCUAUUUUAUCCGACAGAGUACGAAGCGCUCGUACCGGAGGAUACAACACUUCACUCAAGUAUUGCGCGCGUCACCGCCGAGGAUGCUGAUAUUGGUAUCAACGGAGAAAUUUACUACAGUCUCGCUGAACCGACUGACCGCUUUGCGGUACAUCCAACGAGUGGGAUAGUGACAGUGACGCGCGCACUUGUGGCAGCAGAAAACCCUCGUCAUGAGAUAACAAUACUAGCACGAGACCGCGCGUCUUUACUAAUGCGUGGUAAAGAAGCUCCGGCUGCGCGCGCUACUUUAAUAGUACGCGUAGCGCGCGUAAAUUUGCAUGCUCCAGAGCUACGUGUCCGGCGUCUACCUGAACUUGUUGAGAAUUCUACUGCUGAGAUCUACGCCAUAAUAGAAGUAACGGACCAAGAUUCCGGAGAACACGGGCGCAUCGCCAGCCUCGAAAUUGUUGACGGCGACCCCGAUGGACAUUUCCGUGUUCGGCCCUCUACACAACUAGGAGAGUAUGAUAUAAUAGUACAUGCGUUGCUUGACCGUGAGACGGCUCCUCACGGCUAUAACCUUACCUUGCGGGCAUCUGACGCUGGACAACCACCGCGGUCUUCAUAUCUCACCUUGCCUGUUACGCUCAUUGAUGCCAAUGAUAACGCUCCUGUCUUUAGUCGUGAAAUCUAUGAAGACAACAUUCCAGAAACCGUGCCGCCAAAUACACCCGUUAUAAGACUCAAAGUAAGCGAUCGCGACGAGGGUCGCAAUGCACGUGUCUACAUUGAGAUAGUCGGUGGCAAUGAAGGUGGAGAAUUUGUCGUCAAUCCAGAUACCGGCGUGCUUUAUACAGCGGUUCCCCUUGACGCGGAAGAAAAAUCGCUUUAUACACUUACAGUUUCAGCCAUUGACCAAGGCAACGCUGGAACUCGUAAACAGUCUUCAGCUAAAGUUAAAAUAGCUAUUGUAGACGCUAAUGACAACAAUCCCGUUUUUGAUAAAGAAGAUAUGGAAGUUACAGUAUUAGAGAAUGGACCCAGCGGCGUGGUUGUAGCCCGUGUCUCGGCAAAAGAUGCCGAUUCCGGUGAAAAUGCUUACAUUUCUUAUAGCAUCGUUAAUUUACAACCAGUUCCGUUCGAGAUUGAUCAUUUUUCGGGUGCCGUACGGACAACCAAGAUAUUGGAUUACGAGAGUAUGAGACGAGAAUAUGUUUUAAGGAUACGUGCUAGUGAUUGGGGAUUACCUUAUCGGCGUCAAGCCGAAAUGCGACUCACUGUACGCCUUCAAGACAUCAAUGACAAUAGACCACAAUUUGAACGAGUCGAUUGCGUUGGCUACCUGCCUAGACGACUAGCAAUAGGACAUGAGAUUGUCACUCUCUCAGCUAUCGAUUUUGAUUCCGGCGAUGUCGUGUCGUACCGCUUAAUAGGAGGUAAUGAAGACAACUGUUUUUCACUCGAUUCAAGCACUGGCGUAUUAAGCCUUUCCUGUGACCUGGCUGACGUGCGAACAGAGACUAGAGUGCUAAAUGUUACUGCGACUGAUGGUACGCACUUCGCUGAUUCUGCUUCUUUGACACUUCACUUAGUAGGUGGCAGCGGAGGUGAUAGCAGUGCGCUCGAAUGUCACGACACCGGUGUGGCGCAACGUCUAAUUGAGUUGCUAGCCGCAGCAGAACGAAGCAACGCCCCCAUAGAUUUUGCCGAAGAUUUUCCGCUGGCACCUUCUCGAUAUGGAGAAAAUCUGCAUGUACCUGAAUUCAUCGACUUUCCCAUUGAAGUUAAAGUAAACGAGUCCGUAGCCUUGGGUACAUCGUUGGUGCGAUUGCAUGCUCGUGAUCGUGACCUAGGCUAUAAUGGUCUCUUAGUGUACGCUAUUUCAGGCGGAGACGCUGAUUCUGCCUUCCAUAUUGACCCGGACACUGGUGAACUUAAGGUAAUUGGAUAUUUGGACCGUGAAAGAGAAAGUGAAUACUAUUUAAACGUGACUGUCUAUGAUUUAGGAGUACCUCAGCGCUCUAGCUCACGACUACUUCCAGUGACUGUACUAGACGUGAACGAUAACCCUCCACGUUUCGAGAAAACCCUAGCGAGUUUUCGUGUCACAGAAAAUGCCAUAAAUGGUACUGCGAUAUUUCGAGCAAAUGCGACGGAUCGCGAUGCGGGUGACUUUUCCCAUAUUACUUAUAGUUUAAGUGGUGCUGGCGAGGGUGAGUUCUGUGUGGAGCGUGAAACGGGUGUUUUAAUGGUGUGCAAUGCCCUGGACCGCGAGCGACAGGCGCUGUAUGAGCUCACGAUCCGCGCUGUGGAUGGAGGUGGUUUGCGCUCCGAGGCACUGGUGCGCGUUGCAGUAGACGACGUAAAUGACAACGUACCGCGCUUCGCCCUCUCUUCAUAUAGUGCUCGCGUACGCGAAGACGUGCCUAUAGGAACACCAGUGGCAGUUCUUGAAGCAUUCGAUCCUGAUCUUGGCGCCGGCGGAGUAGUCACUUACUCGCUGCCCGAUCAGUCUCCCGACGACAUAAUUUUCACAGUGGACAGUACCUCGGGUACUAUUCGUACUGCAAAACUGCUCGACUACGAGGAAAAACAGGUGUAUGGUUUGACGGUGCGCGCGACGGAUGGGGGGCGACCAGCGCUGUGGGGCGAGGCUACACUGGUGGUGGAGGUGGGCGAUGUGGAUGAGAACCGGCAUUCGCCUCAGUUUGAAGCUCGAGGUGCACUGGCGUUGGCGGUGCGGGAAGACGCUGCACCGGGAGCAACCGCCGGCUUCCUGCGAGCAACUGACGCAGACCCACCUGGUCGCGAUUCGCGCCUCUCCUACUACGUGCUUGACGGAUCUGGCAUGCCGCACUUCUCCGUGGAUGACACCGGGCUGGUGCGCACGUUAACGCCGUUGGACCGCGAGACGACGCCGCACUACUGGCUCACUGUGUGCGCGGAAGACCAAGGCCUCGUACCGCGACACGCCUGUAUACAGGUUUACAUCGAAGUGGAGGACGUGAACGACCUGGCGCCGUGGCCGGAGCGCGCGGCGUACAGCGCGCGCGUGGUGGAGCACUGCGGCGCCGGCACGCACGUGGCCACCGUGCGCGCCGCGGACGGCGACGCCUCGCCCACGCCCACGCGCCUGCGCUACGCCAUCGUGGCCGGCAACCCCGACGGCCUGUUCGCGAUCCACGAGGACACCGGUGAGAUCGUGACGACGGGGCGCACUCUAGACCGCGAGACGGCGGCAACGCACGCGCUGGAAGUGUCCGCGUCGGACGGCGAGCUGGCUUCCAACGUCCGCGUGCGCGUCGCGCUCGCAGACCUCAACGACCACGCGCCCACCUUCACGCAACGUUUCUACGACUUCCGCGUGCCAGUGCGCGACCACGAGGACGAUGAAGUAGUGAAAGAGGGUGCACAAAGUAGCGCAGAGGGCGAGGGAGAAGGAGAAACUGACAGCGAAGCGGAGGAAGAAGACGAGCGUCUUAUCUGGGAUGAAUGGGAUGAGCCGGAUCCUAGUGACAUCUACAUUGCCACGGUGGUGGCGUUGGACAACGACGAAGGCGAGAACGGCACGGUGCGAUACAGUGCGCGCGCGCGCGGUGCGGCUCGUAGCCUACUGCGGGUGCGCGCGCGCUGCGGACGACUGUACGCCGCGCGCGCGCUCAACCUGCGGCACCGCGCGUACGACCUCACCGUGCGCGCGUGCGACGGCGGGCGGCCCGCGCGCUGCGCCGUGGCCCGCGUGCGCGUGCGCGGCGCGCCGGCGGGCGGCGGGCGCGCGCCGCGCCUGCCCGCGCCCGCGCCGCUGCAGGCCGCCGAGCUGGACGCGCCCGGCUUCCUGCUGGCGCUGCUGCAGGCCGCCGACCCCGACAACGACGCGCUCUACUACGACAUUGUCGACGGCGACCCGGGGCACGACUUCGUGGUGGGGCGCGAGGACGGCAGCCUGGUGGUGGCGCGCCGCCUGCUGUGGGAGCGUCGCUCGCGCUACGCGCUCAACGUCUCCGUCACCGACGGCCGCAACACCGUCUAUACCACGGUAAAUAUCUCGGUGAUUAAUGACGCCAACGAGGGCGGCGUGGAGUUCGAGCAGGAGCAGUACUCCGUGGAGGUGUCGGAGAGCGCGCGGCCGGGCGACGUGUUGUUGCGGCUGCAGGCGCGGGUGCGGGGAGGCGCGGGGGCAGGAAGGAUGGGCGAGACGCCGCAGCGGCUGCUGUACGGGCUGCAGGGCGCGCGCGCGCCUGCAGACGCCGCGCUGUUCCACUUGCACGAGCUCACCGGCGCGCUGGAGCUCGCCCGCCCACUCGACAGGGAAAGCGCGGCGCUGCACGAGUUGACGGUGUGGGCACGCGAUCAGGCGCCGCGCGCAUCGCGUGCAUUCGCGCGUGUGUCCGUGAGCGUGCGCGGCGCCGAUGAGCACGCGCCCGCCUGGCCGCGCCGCCUGGUGGAGGCGCGCGUGCCCCGCGCCGCCGCGCCCGGCACGCUGCUGGCCGCGCUGCGCGCCGCCGACCGCGACGCGCCCGCCGCGCUGCCGCGCUACUCGCUCGCGCACGACGCCGGCUUGUUCGCCGUGGACGCGCUGGGCGACGUGCGGCUGGCGCGCGCUCUGCCCGCCGUGGGCCCGCGCGACUACACGCUGCAGGUGCGCGCGCAGGGCCCGCCGCCCGCGGAGCGCACCGCCACACUACCGCUGCACGUGCUCGUCGUCGAGCCUGACGACGCGCCACCCAGGUUUGCGAGCGAGGAGGUGGUGUGCGAGGUGUACGAGAACGAGCCGGCGGGCACCGUGGUGGCGACGCUGGAGGCACGCAGUAACACCGCCGUGUGGUACUCGCUGAGUGGUGGCGGCGGCAUGUUCCGUUUGAACCCGGCCGCCGGCGUGCUUGCGCUCGCCGCACCCCUCAACUACGAGACCUGCGAGCUCUACAACCUUACCGUCGCCGCACUAAACAUGGGCGGCGGGCGUGCGGAGGCGCGCGUGACGGUGCACGUGCUGGACCGCAACGAGUUCGCGCCGGCGCUGCUGCGGCGCCAGUACUCCGGGCGCGUGUCGGAGGCGGCGGCGCCGGGCGCGCUGGUUGCGGACGCGGGCGCGGCGCCGGGCACGCCGCUCGUGCUGCUCGCCGCUGACGCCGACUCGCCCGCGCACCGCCAGCGCGCCUACGAGAUCCUGCAGCCGGCCGCCGCCGCGCUCUUCCGCGUCGACGACACCACCGGCGCGCUCUCGCUCGCCGCGCCGCUCGACUACGAGCGCGCCGCCGUGCACGAGUUCACUGUCAAGGUAGUCGACAUGGGAAAUCCACGUCUGCCGUCAGAUAGCGUAGCUAAAGUAAGAGUGGAGGUAACGAACGUGAACGACUGCCCGCCACAAUUCUCGCAGGCGACGUACGAAGCCACCGUUCUCCUGCCCACCGUGGCCGGAGUUCGCGUGCUCAUGCUGUACGCUAGCGACGCUGACGAACCGAAGAACGCCUCGCUGACAUUUGAUAUUCUAGAGUGCAACCCAGACGGUGCCUUCACUCUGACUUCAAGCGGUGAACUACUCGUAUCGUCAGUGGAGGCACUGCGCGCCGAACAUCACCUACGUGUGCGCGUCUCGGACGGGCGCUACUCGACUACGGCGCGCGUGUUGGUGCGCUCUCGUGAGCCCGACAACGCCGGUCUGGCUUUCCAGAAGACCGACUACUACGGUUCAGUGCUUGAAAACACCACCAAGCCCGCCACCAUAGCCGUACUCAACGUACUCGGCGCUGCACUUAAUGAACAUGUCGAAUUCUCUAUACUUAAUCCAACUGAAGGUUUUGAGAUCGGAGCGACGUCGGGCGCGGUGGUGGGGCGCGGCGCGGCGCUGGACCGCGAGGCGCGCGCCGCCUACACGCUGCUGGUGCGCGCGGCGGCCGGGCCGCGCCAGGCGCGCGCGCGCCUUCACGUGUCCGUGAGCGACGUCAACGACAACUGCCCGCGCUUCGUGGAGCUGCCCUACGUGGCCGCGCUGCCCGCCGGCGCGCCGCCCGCCUCGCCCGUGCUGCGCGUGCGCGCGCUCGACCGCGACCAAGGCGACAACGGCGAGGUACGCUAUGAAAUGAAACGCGGAAACGGCGAACUCUUCCGUGUGGACAGGCGCACCGGCCAGAUCACCCUGAAACAAACACUCGAGGCACAUAAACAACUCUACACGCUAGUUAUUGCUGCUUUCGAUGGAGGCACGCCGGCGUGCGGCGCCGAGGCGGCAGUGUCGGUGCGCGUGUGGGGCGGCGGCGCGGCGCCGCGCUGGCCGCAGGCGCACUUCACUCUGCGCGCGCGCGAGGACGCGCCGCCCGGCCGCGCGCUGACGCCGCGCCUGCUCGCCGUCUCGCCGCUCGCGCGCCCGCUCAUCUACACGCUGCACGCCGGCGCCGCGGAUCUCUUCGAGGUGCACUUCGACACAGCUCCCGAUGGAGAGAAUGGCCCAUGCGCGGUGGUACUGCGCGGCACGUUGGACUAUGAGCGCGCGCGCGAACACGAGCUUGUGUUGCGCGCCACCGACGACGUGACCGGCGCCUUUGCCGAUGUGUCCGUUACGGUGCACGUGCUCGACGUCAACGACUGCGCGCCAGAGUUCACGCAAGACGAGUAUCGUGCCACCGUUUCCGAGGCUGCGGCCGUCGGAGAUCUAGUCCUAACUGUCUUAGCCACCGACAACGACACUGGUGCGAACGGGAACGUGACGUACUCGGUCCAGGAGUGGGGCGCGGUAGAGGGCGUGGAGGAGCGUGAGCCGCAGUUCGCGGUGUCGGCGCGCGGCGAGGUGCGCGUGGCGGCGCCGCUGGACCGCGAGGCGCGCGCGCGCCACCACCUGCUGCUGGCCGCCGCCGACGCCGGCCGCCCCGCGCUGCGCACCACCGCGCACCUCAUCAUCACCGUGGAAGACGUGAACGACAACGCGCCGCGGAUGGAGCGCGGCGUGGUGACGGCGCCGGUGUCGGCGGAGGCGGCGCGCGGCGCGGCGCUGGCGCGCGUGGCGGCCUGGGACCCGGACGCGGCCGACGCGCCGCGGCUGCGCUACGCGCUGGCCGGCGCGCCCGCGCAGCGCGCGCUGCGCCUGGACGCGGCCAGCGGGCUGCUCACGCUGGCCGACCCGCGCGCGCCGCUGCCGCGCUCGCUCAACGUGUCCGUGUCGGACGGCGCGCACGCGGCCGUGGCGCGCCUGGAGCUCGCGCCGGCGCCGGCCAACCGCGCCGCGCCGCACUUCCCGCACCUCGUGCACGAGGCGCGCGCGCGCGAGAACCAGCCGCCGCCGCUGCUGCUCACCACGGUGAAGGCGUACGACGAGGACGCGGGCGAAUACGGCGCCGUGACGUACUCGAUCCCUUCGGCGCGACUGCGCGACACGUUCGCGGUGGACGCUAGCAGCGGCGCGCUGACGACGCGCGUGCCGCUGGAUCGCGAGGCGCGCGCCGAGUGGGAGGUGCCGGUGCUGGCGAGCGACGGCGGCGGCCGCCUAGCGCACACCACGGUGCGGGUGCGCGUGCUCGACCUCAACGACUGCGCGCCGAGCUUCCCGCUGCGAGAGUACCGCGCCGCCGUGCGCCACGACCACACGCCCGGAGUGCCGUUCCUCACGCUGCGCGCGCACGACGCCGACGCACCCGACAACGCGCGCCUCACCUAUUCCGUUUACGAGGGCGAACUACGCUCCGACGCCAGUGGCCUUUUCGCCGUCGACCCCGUCACUGGCGCGCUCUCCUUCGCUCGCAACGCGACCGCUUUCGCGGGGCGGGCGCUGCAGGUGUGGGUGCGCGCGCGCGACGGCGGCGGGCUGGCGGGCGAAGCGCCGGUGUCGCUGCACGUGCUGGCGGGCGCCGCGCCGCGCCUCAAGCGGCCGCCGCCCGACCUGUUCCUGCGCGAGGACGCGCCGCCCGGCACGCUGCUGGCCGAGCUGGCCGACCUGGCGGACGGCACCGACACCCACGGCACAGACGAGGCGCCACGCUACCGCCUCGCCGACUCGCCGUCGCGCAACCUCUUCGCGGUGGACGCGGCCGGCCGCCUCGUGCUCGCCGCGCCGCUCGACCGCGAGACCGCAGCCGAACAUGUUAUAGGCGUGAUUGCGGAGGGGCCGGGCAGCCCGGCGCCGAGUGUCAUGGUGAUAACAAAACUGCACGUGCUCGACGUCAACGAACACGCUCCCUCGUUCCACUCACAGCCGUACGUCGUACAUCUCGCUGAAAACACGCCUCCAAAUUCAAACAUAAUUCAAUUGAUGGCCGACGACCCAGACUCAGGGUCAAACGGCGAGGUGCAGUACUCGCUGGGCGAGGCUGCGGGUGCCGAGGGCGAGGAGGCGACGUUCGCGGUGGAGGCGCACAGCGGCUGGGUGCGGCUGGUGCGCGCGCUGGACCGCGAGGCGCGCGCCGAGUACCGCGUGGCGCUGCUCGCCGCAGACGGCGGCUCGCCGCGCCGCGCCGCCCGCGGCACGCUCGUCGUGCGCCUGCUCGACUACGACGACUGCCCGCCCAUCUUCCACCAGGACCUCUACGAGGCCGAGGUGCGCGAGGACGCGGCGGCGGGCACGGUGGCGGCGCGGCUGCGCGUGACGGACGCGGACGCGGCGGCCGCGCCGCUCGCCUACUUCGUGGCGGCCGGCGACCCCACCGCGCGCUUCCAGCUGCGAGCCUCCCCCGCCGCCUCGCCCUCCCCCUCGCCCGCCGCCGAGCUGUUCGUGGCGCGCGCGCUCGACCGCGAGCACACGCCGCGCUACGACCUCACCGUGGCCGCCACCGACGGCAAGUUCACCGCCUACACGCGCGUGCUGCUCAACGUGCUCGACGUCAAUGACAACCCGCCGUACUGCACGCAGCACCGCAUCCGCGUACGACUGGCGGAGGACACAGCGCGAGGCUCGCGCGUGGCGGCGCUGAGCGUACGCGAUGCCGACGAGCCGCACAACGCGCGCCUGCGCUUCUACCUCUCUGGCGACAACGCGACGCAUUUUGCUAUACACAAGGAAUCUGGAGUGAUCACGGUGGCUGAAGAGUUAGAUCGUGAAACAAUAUCUGAGUACAAAUUGGUGGCGCAUGCGCAAGACCGAGAUCGCCCUAAGUGGGAGUGUAGUACUGAAAUAGAGGUAUCACUCGACGACAUCAAUGACAACGCGCCGCGCUUCUCUGCAGAAGUUUACAGCGUGACUCUGCCUGAAGAUGCCGACAUCGGUUCUUUCGUCGCAAAAGUGCACGCUACGGAUGCAGACCUCGGUGAAAACAGUCUUGUCCGCUACUCGUUCGUAGAGGAAGGCGACUCGGCGUUCGAGCUGGCGGGCGACAGUGGCAUCAUUACGCUGCGCGCGGCGCUGGACCGCGAGACGCAGGCCGAGCACCGGCUGCGCGUGCGCGCGAGCGACGCGGCCGUGCCGCCGCGCUCCGCCACCGCCACCGUGUGCCUCACUGUUGCCGACGUCAACGACAAUCCGCCCGAGUUUGAGUUCAGGCAGUACCACGUAACCGCGCCCGAACUCGACGCGGUCGGCACCGAGCUGCUGCGCGUGCGCGCCACGUCUCGCGAUACUGGCGUCAAUGCGGACGUCUUCUACUCGCUAGUCGCCGGCGACGACCGAGAAGACUUUGCCGUCGACCGCAUGAGUGGCGCCUUGACAAUAGCGCGCCCUCUCGACUUCGAGCGCAGAAAGGAAUAUUUCUUGACGGUACAGGCCCUCGACGGAGGGACUCCACCGCUGAGCGACCACGCCACCAUCAACGUCACCGUCUUGGACGGAAACGACAACGCGCCAGUAUUUUCACAGGCGUCGUACGGGGCGCGUGUGCGUGAGGACGCGGCGGUGGGCACGCGCGUGCUUCAAGUGAUUGCCGACGACGCGGACGCGGGCGCAAACGGCCGCGUAACGUACGCGAUCGCGCGCGGCGACCGUGACGGCCAUUUCGCCGUGGACGCCGACACCGGCUACGUGUCCGUGGUGGCGCCGCUGGACCGCGAGACAACGCCUGCUUAUGUGCUGGAACUGCGCGCGCGCGAUCGCGGUCUGCCGGUGCUCGAAACCUCCACUUUCCUCAACAUCGAGGUGCUAGAUUGCAACGAUAAUCCACCGCUUUUCGCACAGAUCAACUACACCGCUAUCAUUCAGGAGGAUAAGCCGCUCGGUCACACUAUUUUAAAAUUUGUCGUCGAGGAUGCGGACGCCGCGCCAAAUACGGCACCCUUCACGUUCGAUUUUCAAUCGGGUAACGAAAUGGGCGCAUUCCGCUUGGAGCAGGACGGAUAUUUGCGAUCUGCCACUCGAUUCAACCAUCGCAUCAAGAACCGAUAUGUGCUACAAGUGCGUGUAUUCGAUAACGGAACUCCGCCUCUGUUCUCCGACGCAUGGGUUUACAUCAAAAUUAUCGAAGAAUCUCAUCAUCCGCCGGUCGUGACGCCGCUUGAAAUAGUCAUAAACUCGUACCUUGAUGAAUAUGCCGGUGGCGUAAUAGGACGCGUGUUCGCUUCGGACCGAGAUGCUUACGAUACUUUAACUUACGCUCUCGCUCCCAUAGACGGUGCACCCUAUCCAUCUACUGAUCUUUUCGAAAUUGACGCCGCAGUAGGUACACUGCGUGCCGCACCACGAAUAGACGUCGGGGACUACCGUCUCAACGUGACCGUCGACGACGGUAAAUUCGUCAGCUUCGCCAUAGUUCACGUCACCGUCGUGCUUAUCUCGGAAGAGAUGCUCGCACAGGCGAUAGUCGUUCGCUUCAGGGAAGUGACCGAUCGCGACUUUGUUCUGAGUCAUCGAAAAGGAUUCAUUCGCGCCAUUCACGAAGCGACCCGGUGCCGGCUAACGGACGUGGUGAUCGUCGGAGUGCAGUCAUCCGACGAUGACUUUGAAGCGGAUUCGGAGCGAUCUCGUCGCACCAUCCGCCAGGUGGCGCAAGACCUGGACGUGGCUUUUGCGGUGCGUGCGGAUGACAGCGGCGGAUUCCUACCUGCGGACGCGUUGCGCCGCGGCCUGCACGCGCACCUCGAACGCCUGGAGGAGGGCGCGCGCCUCGUGGUGGAGGAGCUGGUGCGCGCGCCGUGCGGCGGCUGCGUGCACGGCGCGUGCGCCGAGCGCGUGCAGCUGCGGGCCGCCGACGCGCGCGCCAUCGCUGCUGACGUGUUCUCGCUGGUCACGGUGCCCUUCCGGCUGCGCGCCGAGUGCGCGUGUGCGCCGGGCUACGUCGGCGAGCGCUGCGAGCGUGCACUGCCCGCCUGCGCGCGAUGCACCGCCGCGCGCUGCGAGCCCGUGCCUGACCCACCCGGCUACCGCUGCUGCGAGAACGAUGCGGAUGCAGACGCGGAUGGGGAGGAGGAGUGCCGCGCGCCAGCCGCCGUCGCCUACUUCCCCGGCGACGGCUACCUGGCGUACCGGCUCGACGGCGGCGUGGUGGAAGGCGAGCGGAGCCCGGAGGACGUGCUGACGGUGUCGCUGCGGUUACGCACGCGGCGCUCGCGCGGCGUGCUGCUGCACGUUGCAGGGCUCGUGGACUACGCGGUGCUGGAGCUGGCGGAGGGGCACGUGCAGUUCCGCAUGCAGCUGGGCGGCGGCGAGGUGGCGCUGCGCGCGGGCGGGCGCGUGGCGGAUGGCGAGUGGCACGCGGUGCGGCUGGAGCGGCGCGGCGCCGGCGCGCGCCUCACGGUGGACGGCCGCUCGGCGCGCGCGCAGGCGCCGCCGCGCCACCAGCUGCUGGACGCGCGCGCCGCGCGCCUGCUGCUCGGCGCCGCGCUGCUGCGCCACGCCUACGCAACAGCGCCUGAACAGAUCACGUACGGCUUUCACGGGUGCAUGAGCGACGUGAAGAUCGGGUCGAGCGUGGCGCCGCUGUCGGAGGGCGGGUCGUCCGACGACGGGCGCGUGCAGCUGGCGCGGCGUGUGCGUGUGCGUGUGGCGGCCGCGUGCCCCGCGCUGCCGCCGGCCGGCGCCUGCGACGCGUACCCGUGCCUGCACGGCGGCACGUGUCGCGAGCUGCCGCCGCUGCUGGAGGGCGGCGACGCGUUCCAGUGCACGUGCCACGCGCGCUUCGCCGGCCGCCUGUGCGAGCUGGACACGGACCCGUGCGCGUCGCAGCCGUGCCUGCACGGCGGCUACUGCACGCCGCAGCACGGCGGCUUCCGCUGCGAGUGCGCGCCGGGCUUGUCCGGCGAGCGCUGCGAGCGUGGCCGCUGGUGCGCGGCCGGCGUGUGCGCGCACGGAGGCGCCUGCGAAGAGGGCGAGCGCGGGCCCUCGUGCCGCUGCCGCGGCUACUUCGGCCCGCGCUGCGAGCACGACGUCGACGAGUGCGCGGGCGAGCCCUGCCUCAACGGAGCCACCUGCCUCAACGAGCCGGGCUCUUUCCGCUGCAUCUGUCCACCGGACAAGACUGGUAUGAACUGCGGCAACCCGCUGUACUCGGACGCGGUGGUGGCGGGCGACGUGGGCGACGUGGGAGUGCGCGACGCGCGGGCGGCGUGGCGCUGGGCGGUGCGCGCGCGCUGGCCGCUGGGCGCGGCGGGCGGCGCGGCGCUGCUGCUGCUGGCCGCCUGCGCCGCGUGCGCCGCGCCCGCGCUGCGCCGCGCGCGCGCCGCGCCGCCCGCCGCGCCGCUCAACAGCGCGCUCGACAAGGCGCCGCCGCCGCGCGCCUCCAAGCUCUCCAACCUGGAGGCCGAGCGCCGCGAGCGCCCCGCCUCUUGCGCCGAGCCGCCGCCGCUCAACAACAUCGACACGCUGCGCAGCUACGGCUCGGCUGGUGACGAACUCGAGGGCAUCCCGCCCGACUACCUGCGCAACCUCAACAUCGACCUGCCCGACCGCAAGCCCUGGUCCGAGCAAAUGCAUCUGCAAACAUUCGUCGACAAUAAAAUUUACAACGAUCUGAAAGGCUGCAAGCGGCAGCCGCGUCCACCUCCAGUUGUUCUGGCGGGCGCGGGCGAGCCGCACAUGGUGGGCGGCUACCACUGGGACUGUUCGGACUGGUGCGGUGGCGGCGCGUUGCCCGGCAUCAGCGAGGUGGCGGGCUCGGAGCGGCCGGAUUCGUCGUCGCCGCCGUCGCGCGCCUCUCCGGCGCCGCGCGCGCGUGCGUCGCGCCGACACCGCGCCCGCGCCGCGCCCCGCAACUCUCCCCGCACCUCGCCAGCCUCGCCCGCACCCGCCGCCGACACGGACUCGGCGCCAGACGACCUGGACAGAGACCUCGACACGUUGCGCUUCACCGAUGCGAGUUCGUACCUGCUACACCCGGACGAGUACCUGCCGGCGGCGGCGAGCGAAGACACGUUACGUGCACGCGGUCUGCGGGAACCCGACGCCGCCAGCCUCAUCACCAUGCUCGAGGAGCGGCACUCGCUGCUGGGCGGCGCGGGCUCGUGCAGCGACCUGUCGGCCAACCUGUGCGAGAUCGAGGACUCGGAGGCGGAGGAGACGCAGGCGGCGGAGAGUGCGGGGGGCGCGGGGGGCGCGGGGGGCGCGGCGCGGCACACGGACGUGUGA